AUGGGUACAUCUGUAGUGAGGUCGAUGGUGACCUUGUUGGGGGAGCCGGGUCGAUGUGUCGGCGCCUGCGGCGUGCGCCCUCUCUUCCCCGCCGCUCACCGCUCCUCUCAGAGCAGCCCCGAGCAGUCGUCGGCACCAGCGGACAUAUGCUGUCUACCGGCUGUUAUAAUCGCAAAGAAAUAUGAUAUCAACCAAAAUGAGUUCCUUUAAUCAAAUAUUGGUGCAACUGGAGAUUCCUGAAAUAUAAGAAACUUUAUCAAGUCAAAUUGCCACAGAUAUGGAUUUGAAUUGUUUUCUGGAUAAAUUUUUUAAUUCGAUCAGAAUUGUUUCUCAUAUUGAUAUUUCCUCGAAUUCCUUGUUCAUGCUACCAUAUGUUUAAUAAUUGAAUCAUUACAUCAGUAUAUCUAAUCAAUAUCAAGGAGA